AUGGCUGAGAAAGCCUCAUCCAUGUUGCCCCUGAUACACCCCGCGAUGCCCAGCCCCGCGAUGCCCAGGACGGUGCCACGACCUGCUGGAAGCAGUGCUCAAGCAGACCUGACCGUCUCCCAGGCCGCCCUCCAGACAAACGCGACUAAGGACCUAGGCCAGGAUGUCGCCACAGUUGUGCCAAACGGAGGCCCCGUCUCCGAACUGCUGAACUUCUCGAAGCUACCGUGCGAGCUGAGAGCCCAAAUCUGGGAGUCGACUUGGGAGCCACGAGAGGUCAAGGUCAAGAGAUACAUCGACGCCCAAAAGAGCGAUUUGAACUGUGCCGGCAGCAAGAUCAAGAUCCAGUCCUCCCACCGCCGCCACCAGGAUAGACUCCUCCACUCCAAUGCGGUCAUGCUCACGGAAUGGGACGGUUCCCCUUCCGUCCGGGCAAUCGGACGGGAUGUAACUGUUGCCCAGCAACAAGCCACCAACGAGGAGGAGGACGAGGAGAAGAAGAAGCUCUCGCACAACGCGAAGAAGUUGGCCAAUCGUCCGGACAAGAUCCAGCAGAAGGACCUCCAGCGGGUCCGGACCAUCGCCACGACCGCCACCAAGCCUCCGGCAACCCUCUUCGUAAAUAGGGAGUCCCGCUACGUCACACUCCGCCGAUAUCCGUUGGCGUUCGCGCUUCCGGGAGGCGAGUCUCGCGUGAACUUCAACUUUGCCCUGGAUACCCUCGUCCUCUCCCGCCACGCGCAGCUCCCUCACACGUUCACCAAGGCCGACCUCAGCCGGCUCCAGCGUAUCAGUGUCCCUGAGGUAAAGCCCGACGACUCUGGCGACUACAGGGCCGUUGGUAGGAGCACCGACUACCUCUUCCAGGACAAGGGCGCGGAUGGAACCCUGGUUGGUGACAUGAUGAGCGGCGCAACGCCCGAGGAGCAGGUGGAGGCCGUCCUCGCCCCGUCAAUGGCCGUCCUGGGCGCGAUCUGCCCCAAGAUCGAGCGGAUCAUCUUCUCGCCGAUUACCACGUGCCACGAGGUUUGCCCCAGUACCGGCCACAAGAGCUGUGCCAGGAACUUCGCCAAGAACGGCCUCCCACUCCCCACGUACAAGGUCGACCACGACGACGAGACUUGGGAGCAGGGACAAACCACCAUCGCAGACUGCAACAGCCAUGCCAACGAGCCGAAGAUGAAGCGGAACUUUGGCCUCACGCAGAAACACUACUCGGCACAGGCAGGCAAGGUCGAGGGCGUCUUGUUGUACCGGGAUCACCGAACCGGAGGCGACAACUUUGUGGUGUCCAUGUUGAGCGUCCAGCACGACGGCCUUCCGGACCUGGGUGGACCGGCGUACCACACCAAGAUGCGUGUGUACAAGUGGGGUCGCCGGGUGCGCCAGGCGGAGUGCGCGAGGAUCAAUCUGGACUGGCUGCUGAAUGUCGGUGACACUGUGCGGAAGAUGCAGACGCUGGAUUAUGAGUUGUAA